AUGGUUGGAAUUGUGGGAAUUGUUGGAAGUGAAGGCAUUUUGGGCAGAGGAAUAUUGGCAGGCAUUGGUGGCAGAGUCAUCUUUGGUAUAGAAGGCAAUGUAGGCAAAGAUGGCAAUGGCGAAUUAGCGGUUGGAAGUGUUGGCAAAGAUGCUGCACUUGGCAAUGGUGGCAAUGUUGCUGCUGAUGGAUUAUUGUCCUUAUCAAGCAUCGCUAUAACCCAUGCUGCUCGUAGCCUACUACAACUUCCUAACUUGCCAACAAUCCCGUCAUUGCCUCAACCAACAAUGCCACAGUUGCCUACUAUUCCCAACUUACCAACAGCAGCCACAUUGCCACCAUUGCCAAGUGCUGCUUCUUUGCCAACACUCCCAACAGCUAAUUCACCAUUGCCAUCUUUGCCUACAUUGCCCUCUGUUCCGAAAAUGACUUUGCCACCAAUGCCCGCCAAUAUUCCUCUUCCUAACAUGCCAUCACUUCCAACUAUUCCCACAAUUCCAAACAUGCCUACACUAUCACCACCUCCAUCCAACUAA